GUGUUCAUUCCUUGUUCUUAGCAGAUGUUAAAAAAUGGACCUGAGGCUGAGGUACGAUAUGUGUAUGGUAUUUUUCGGGAUUUUUUGGAAAAGGAAUUUUCUGGCAGACUUCAGUGACACUUGGAUCGGCGAGCUUGUCUUGCGCAAGGCACUACACAUGAGUACCAAACUGAUGACCAAGAGAGAAUGAACUAGAUCAUAUUCUCUUGGUAUGACGUAAUGGAUUCUUAAAGACCCAUCAUUUCCGAGAAGUCCCUUUCUUGUCACUAGGUCACUGUAGCAGUACAUCGCAAGCGCUUGGUUCUUUGAAAUAACACAUACUGACUGAACUAUAAAUGAUCCAAUACCAGAUGAUGUCUAUGGCGUCCUCGUCCACAUGAUACACAGUUUUCACAAGAAGAAGAAAGUCUGUCACUAGAGUGAGUUCGAGAGAUAAGAUAGGAAAGUUCUUUUAACAUACGGAAGAGACUAAUCAUAAGGUUUAGAAGCGUACAUUACUAGUAAACGGCCAAGCGGUUUGAAGAAUUUGCAUGACCAAUCAAUCUACGAACUCUCAAUGUCAAGAAUACGAGAGAGCGAAGCUAAAUUCAUUACGCCGUAUACUGCACUUCUUGCUGAGAACGAUGACUGUCCAAGGCCAAAAGAACUUAGUGAAGCCAAAUGGAAGGAACUCGAACAAAAAUCACUACAAGAACAGAAGGAAUUUCUUGACAAAUAUUUGAAAAAGGGGAUGUUUGAAGAAGAGUUAGUUAGCUCCGAAGAUAAGAAUGUAAGAAAAGGUGACCAUCUUUUAUAUCAAGGAGGGUCCGGUGGAUUGUAUGACCACCAUCUUUUGUGCACCGAGGUCGAUGGAGACAACAUAAUUCACGUAAUCGAAUACGGUGGGCCAAGUUGUGGCUUCUCUGCAUCCUCACAAUCAGUUGUAUCAUCCAAUAUCGUUGCUUUUGGAGCAAUACGAAAAGGAAAUUUGACUUACGAAUUUCUUGUGAAGGAGAAGAGAGCAAAAAUAAGAAAGUGGCCUAAAGAGCUCCAAAGGUUUUCUGUCGAUGAUGUUAUUUCACGAGCUAAGUCAAGGAAAAACGAACGAGACUACCAUGCCUUUAACAACAACUGCGAGCACUUCGUCACUUGGUGCAAGUGUGGCCUGAACACUAGCUUGCAAGUCGAGCCGUGGUACAAGAGAGCCUGGGAUAUUGUAAAAGCCGUUGGUGGAGCAAUGGAAUGUCUUAAAACAUACGGCAUCUCUGAAGGCGUUCCUGCUUUAUUGAGAAUUGUUGGAAACGUCUCAGAUGAAAUUGUGGGGGCCAUAUCCAGUCCUUUGUCUCCUAUCGGAUUCGGAGUUGGUGGUGUGAUAGAAGCAAGUUUUGCAGUCUAUUAUAUAUACCAGGAUCACAAGAAGACGAAGCAAGAGCGCUUAUCAGAAAGCCAGUUUGAAAUCAACACUGUCACUACUGGUUCCAAAGCAGCGGGUCAUAUCGCUGGUGCCACUAUUGGGUCGGUAAUUGGGACUACAUUCGGUGUUGUAGGAAGUUUAGUUGGAGGUGGAAUUGGAUAUGGUGUGGGCCAUGUUACUGGAUCCGCAAUUGGAUGGUGUUAUGAAUAUGCAUCAAAGAUAAAACACUCAAAGUUUACUUCUGGCUCCGGUGAAGAAUGCGUUUAAAGCAGGCAGUCAAAACCAUGUGCCUGCAAGACUGAAGCAAAACGUUUCUUCUCGAACGACUUUUUUUGCUUGCAAGUAAGGCCUAGGGCAAACGUCGAACUUUCCAUGCACCGAACUCAUUAAAAACAAUGGAUAUCAGGUGAUAAUGAGGCGGCAUUCUUUGAUGUAAUUAUGUUCAGUGCAUGGAAAGUUCGACGUUUGCCCUAGGCCUUAAUGACUCAAAACUAGACUGUUUGUAUAGUUAGAUGAUGAUUGUUAACCUAGUUGUUUUAUCCAUGUAGACGAAACAACUCGAAUUUAAAAAAAGUUGAAUUGCACAACAAAUUGAAUUCAAGUUCUCAUAAGAUUUAAAUUCCUUUGAUUUGUUCUCCAAAUUCAGCUGUCACAUGCAAGGGGUCUAUAGCGGAAUCGUACAGUUUGGCUUAGCAGCAAAGUAGGAUUUUGGUACCGUGGACGCCAAUCAAAGUGUUUCCAUGACAUUGUCGGAAAAUACAAUGUUUUCAAGGGCACGUGCUUCUGGAAUGUCAUGGAAACGCCUUGAUUGACGUCCACAAAAACCUGCGUUAUGGUGACGACGAUUCCUCGCGUGCUAUUGUGAAACACGGCUGUAAGGAACAACACGACAUCAACGAAAAAUAAAUCAAAUUGUACUUGUUUCAA